AUGCAGUUUCUACUCGCUUUCCUCCGAACAAUCGUCUUCUGGCUCGUAACAACUGGAAACGAAUUCCUUCCCGCCGCGGGCGUGAACGAGUUAAUGCCCCGGGGCACCAAGUUCAUCGCCAUCGUCCGCCACCCAGUCGAGCUCUUCGAGUCCGUGAUGAGCUACUACUCGGACGAAGUGCGCGCUUUCCAGCGCCUCCCAGGUAAAGGAGGGGACCUCCAAGCAAAAAUGAAGAGCUUCCUCGACGAGCCAAGGCGCUACUACGGCUUUGACGCGGCGCAUUAUGAAAAGUUCGCGAAAAAUGCGAUGAUGUGGGACUUUGGAUUCGACAACGAAGAAGAGGACGAAGAAGUCAUCGACAAGUGGAUUGAAUAUCUCGAUAGAAUUUUCGACCUUGUGCUGAUUACUGAUUAUUUCGAAGAAUCGAUGGUCCUUCUCAAAGAAGAACUUUGCUGGACAACCGAGGAUGUCUCUUUUCUUAAGUCAAAUUCAAGAAAACGCGAUUCGCAAAAUCCAAUUCAGAAGACAAUGCUGGACAGUAAGUACAGAGAGAAACUUUUAGAGUGGAACAAGGCCGACUGGAAACUUUAUCAACACUUCAACUCCACUUUCGCCAAAAAGGUUGAGGAAUUUGGGGCGGAAAGGAUGGAACAAGAAGUCAAAAAGCUGAGAGAAACGAACAAAAUGAUCCAGGAUAGAUGCAUCAGUAAUGAAACUCGAACAUCAUUUUUCCACUCGGUUCCGCUGACGCGCUACAAGCUCAAGAACAAAAACGACACUUGGUGCAACGAUUUCAUUCAGUCAGAAAGACAGAUUGCCGAGCCCAGAGUAGCCUUCGAUUGCGCUAAAAAAGACUGUAUCAGCUGCACAAUCGCGGAACUGAACAUGGACCAAGGCGAAGCAAUCGAAAACCACUGCGAAAAGGUUCUGAACUGCUGCAUGAGCGAGCACGGCGACGAAAUGGCGCGAAUAAUGCAGAAUAUAAAAUACUACCAGAAAAAGCGGCUGAGCUCAGAAAUGCUCGACGAAAUUCAAAGCAAAAUGGGACUCCAGACGGGCAAUCUCGAGGACAGUUUGAAAGGAGCUCACCAGACUCAAAACGAGGAAGAAGCGGAAAGAGGAAAAACUGAGCUUUAG